CGGGGCGUGGCUGGCGCCGGCUCAGGACUCUGCCCGCCGGGCGGUGGCCGCGGCGGGAGCGCGACGUGGAGGCCACGUGGAGCGGGCGGGAGGGGCGGCAGGCGCGGGCGGCGCGGCAGCCGGAGCGCAGAGGCCAGAGCCGCAGCCCGCAGCAGGGAGGAUGUUACCUCAGAUGAUGAGAGUGCUAAUGCUGCCACUGCUGCUGCCCGCCCUGGCCCAUGCUGCUCCCAAGGAUGGAGCCACCAGGCAGGACCUUGAUGUGCAACCCCAACCCCUGACCAACCCCUUCCAGCCAGGGUCAGAGCAGCUCCGACUGCUGCAACACUACCUAAAGGGACUAGAGAGGAUGGAAGAGGAUCCGGAGCACAUGAACCGGGAACGGGUUCUCCUCUACCUCUUUGCCCUCCAUGACUAUGACCAAAGCGGCCAGCUGGAUGGGCUGGAGCUGUUGUCCAUGUUGACAGAGGCUCUGGCCCCCGGAGCUGCCAACUUUCCCGCAAACCCGGUGAUCCUGGUUGUGGACAAGGUGCUGGAGUCCCAGGACCUGGACAGAGAUGGGCUUAUCUCCCCUGCAGAGCUCAUCAGCUUUCCAGCAGACACUCUCAGGGACACAGAGCUCACGGAACCCUUCGCUCCAGCUCCCCAGGAGACACAGACUGAGGAGGGGCAGGGCCAGUUAGCAAAGAACCCCAUGAGACAAGAAACUCAGCAGGCUCUGGGGCCCAGAGAAGAAGCUGGGGCCCAGGAAGAGGCCAGGAGGGACUCCCUGGAGCCUGUUCAGGAGACUGGGGUUCAAGAAGGGGCUGAAGAAGACACUCUAAGUCCCAAAGUGGGGAAUGGGGGACAGGGAGUUGCUGAAGAAGCCCCAGGUUCCAGAGGUGAUAUUGGGGUGCAGGCAGAGGCCAGCGAUAAUGAGGCAGGAGCCAGAGAGCUUCUAAGGGAAACACUGGAGUCCAGAAAUACCCCAGGUGAGCUUGAGCCUCACGCUAUUCAGCUGGAGAACGAUGAGAUAUGAACCUUGAGGAACAGGCUUGCACCCCUCAAAGUCUUGGUGCCGGAUGUAAGCCUGAAGGGUGUGGUGUGCAUGCUGGGGUGAAGGCCCCCUCUGUGUCACCUUUCUGACGCCAGUAGGUGCCCGGUCUGCCUGUGCAGCUCAGGGAGAUGCUAUAUUAAAGGGCAGCUUUGGGGCCCAAACAACUAAUAAAGGACAAAGUGAAUUCA